AUGUUAGGCUGCUUAAUAUGUUUAAAAGUACAUUUUCUUCAUUGCCACCUCGACUACUUUCCAGGAAAUUUAGGAGACGUGAGUCAAAAGCAAGGUGAACGAUUUCACCAAGAUAUUAAGGAGAUGGAAAAAAGAUACCAGGGAAGAUGGGAGCGUCUCAAUGAUGGCAGACUGCCGUUGGACGCUUCAAAGCGACCUUCCAGGUCCUUCCCACAAGAAAAUGUACCAAAAAGAGUCUCACUGGGAAAAAGAAAUGUAUUUAUUGCUUAA